CGUUCAUGACUACACCAUCGACUGCGACCCGGCUUUCAGCUUUCGGCUGGGCUACGCGCGCAAAACAUAGUCUGACACUAUCAGGGAAGGGCUCCCUGCGAGAAGACGCGGCUGUACGCGCUUCCUGGGCCGACUGUGACGCGCCGACACUCAGCACGAUGCUUGUUCGGGUCGUGAGACGGUGACCUAUACCUCGCAUUUUAGUACACUCUCAAUCCCUUUGAGGUGUAAGGCGCGUCACGAAGCUUCCUUCGAUAUGGACGAAGAUUUUCCAGCUCCUAGGGGGGACAGGAAUGCUCAAGAUGGACCGAUUGCUGAGGCCAGUACACAGCUGCAAGUUGGUGAUGGUAAUGACGUGCCAUCCAUCACAAGCUCGAGCGUCAACGCAGCGGCUAUGCCAAGCAUCGUGCGCAGAGCAACCCUGGAAAGUCACUAUAGAGACGGAGAUCCUUUCAUAGAUUCAUCCUCUCCUUCUCGAAACUUCUCCUACAAUCCCAGAUCCAGCUCGAUAACCGGACAGCCUCCCCCCGGACCAAGCUCAGGAGCCGAUUAUGAUAUGACCCCUCCAUCGUCUCCUCAAUCUCCGCUUAGAACUGCUCUCUCGCGUAAUCACCCCGCAGCCGCGGAUCCCUUCUCUGGGAAUGCCAAAGCGCCUAGCAUGGCUCACCACCCUUCAUUUGGAAAACAAUUCCCGCACAUCAAGCAUCCGCAUCCAAGUCGCGUCCUCACCCCAGGCUCCUAUCACAAGGCGACCGGAAGCAGGCGUGCCAUUCCCAACAGAGGUAGCUCGAGCCCUGGUCAGAAGAUUGCAGGGAAAAAGCGCACUCUCGACGCCAGCCCUCAGCAGGUUUCGCGUUCCGGGGCGGACGGCUCUGAAACGCUACGAAGCACCGUGAUUGCCGCCAACUCCAUGGCUGGAGAAAUCUUCAAGUCUUUCUUCCAAGACUCAGAUGGUGCAAAUACAUCCUCCGAUGACAGUUACGACUUUGGUAGCCUCCAUCGACGAGCGGCGGGCCAAGCUCCCGAUAGCCGAACAAUAAUCGAUAUGGACGCGGAUGAGCCUGAGUGUACGGCGUCGGGAUUGAGGGGUUUGGGUCUUGGAAGUGCAUUCGAAGAACAGUCCGAGCCGUCUGCCAGGAUCCAAGGAACAUCUGCAGCAUCGGACCAAGAUUAUGAUCAAAUGAGCACCGCUGCAAGGCAGCCGAAUCAAUGGCAAGAGCGACAGAAGGCAUUUACUCGGGAACGUUCACAUCCAUACGACGCCUUUGGAUGUGCACCACCAACCUCGCAUGCGUCCACUUCAGUGACUUGCUCUCCACCUCAAGGUUCCGUCGCAGGGGGUACUCUGAUCGGCUCACCAGGUAGUCGCGAACCUGCCGUCCGACGUGCUCGACUUGCAGGCAGCUCGCCCACGCAACUCACCGUCGCGCGGCGGGGGCGCUUCGUGUGGCAUGACUCUCCGGUAACUCCCACCAGUAGCGACGAAGAAGGUAUGGCUGAUGGGGAGGAUGAGCUCAAAUCCUUUGGUAGGGGCGAUUUGCGACUGCGGGCGUUGGUGCCAGGAAAACAAGCCCCGGACGCUAAGAGUAAAUUAGCAAACUUGGCUCGUCCGCUGCGCGCUUGGGAGCGGCUCGAGUCGCAGGAUCUAUCCUGUCCGAAAGCUAGUCAGCUGAUCUCAGCAGCUGUGGCAAAAGCAUUCGAUUCUUCCAAGCCGAUCAUCGACCUAUCUAAUCACGGCUUGCAACAACUCACGCCAGCCAUAGCAGAACUUGGCGACUACGUAGGCAUCUUGCCGUUGAGUAGGGACAGCGAGGGAUGGAGCGCAGGCCGAAUGGCGGGUGCAGCAAGCAGGCAUCUCAGUAGGACUAUUACUACAGAUUCAGUCAAUAUUGUCGGUGAGACAGCAGGGGAGAACACGCCGAAUACUCUUCAAGCCGCCGCAGGCAAUACGCUCGCUUCACCGCCACGUUCCGUCUCUCACCCAGUCACACAGUCACUACUCCGGUCUUCAAGCACGAACUCACUCUCGGCCCAUGACCCUUCGGCAUCCAAACUCUUCUUGGCCAGCAACGCAUUGCGCGUUCUGCCCAGCGCAUUGUUUGCUGUGCAAAACCUGAGCGUACUCAGUCUGAGGAAGAACGCGCUAACGGAGCUACCCGCUGCUAUCGGCGUCCUGCGAAACUUGAGAGAGCUUAACAUCGGCGAUAAUCAAAUUUCAUACCUUCCAGCUGAGAUUCAGAAGCUUGCUCUUCAGAAUUUCAGCUACCACCCUAAUCCCUUCUUCCGGCCACCUGUUGGCGCCAAGCUUACCCUGCGGCACGUCCGCGGAUUCGGUCCAUGGUCGAAAAGCUCAAAGAGGGAGGCCGCUUUCGCUGACACUACCAUGUCACCACAGCAAGCAGAGCCAGCACGGAAGGCCCAGCUGCCGAUGGGCCCGCCUCCGCUCCCUGCGCGAAUUCUGGCCGCAAGGGAUGUAAAAGAAUUUGGAAGAACACGAUCGGAAGUGCAAGUUUCCCACGCGCUCAGCUCAAAUAUCCCGGACCUCGCGUCGUACGCUGGCUCGUCGAUGCUGGCGCUUUCGGCGGCGUCUGCGCGGUCCACUGCAGAAGCCAGCGAAGCAGUAACUGCACCGGAGGGAGUUGCAGGGCAGAAGCGCACGAGAACAGGCAGAGCGAGCUUUCUGGGUCACCUCACAGUUUUUGGAUUAGGCGUACCGACGUUACGCGAUAUCUGCACACGCAUGAUGCUCGAGCUGGUCGACGAUGAGGACCAUGGCGCUCAAGACCUGGCUGCGGAUGCGGCUGGUGAAUGUGCAAGAGGCAGAAAUGGCGCAGCACCCAAGCGGCGACGAAAGCAUCUUCGAUUGGAGGAGCUGCCGAACGGCAAGUUGCGCGAUAUGGGCAAACGUGGACAGCUCAACGAACUGUCCUUGAGGCAACUCGAGUCUGCGCGCCGCAGUGCGACAAAGUCCUGGAAUUCGCGACCAGAGCUAGCUUCAACACGUAUCGCAUCGCCCUUUGCACCUAUCUUUGCACAGGGCUCGAAAGGCUCCGCGCACUUCCCGAAGCGCGUCUUCCGCUCUUGGUGCAGCGGGGCUGACGUGUUCAACGACGCGCAGAACGGCUCUCUGUCGUCUUCGGAUGUGGUGGCGGAGCUUAAUGACAACGGCGACGAUGCUGCGCAGAAUCCGUGGUUCAACCGCUGUCCAAACCCUGAACAUUCUGCUGAUAACGUGCGACCCUCUGCCCCAAUGCCCGUCAACACGUCGCUUGAAAUUAGCGACUGGCCGAUCUUCGAAGCGGUAGCGGAGGUUGGAGAUGUCGCGCCUGUCUUUCUGCAAGCGGGCGAGUCACUCAUCGAAUGGGUCUCGCAUAUCGCCGGUAUCAAAGUUGCCAACGCAAGUGUCAAGUGCCAGCUCAACGAGGACGAACAUGCUGUUGCUCUCGACAGCCCAGAGGUCGACGGGAGCGGCUGUCUACCCGUCGUGUGGCGGGGAUGCAAGCGCAACUGCCUGCAUUUCCUGCAUCAGUGACCAGCAGUGUUGACGACAAUGCAAGUUGCUAAACAUGAAAAAGCCAUUGCAAAUUAAUAAGCAAUACUCUGCGUACACAACCAUCACUUUGUAUUAAAAACAAUGAGAUGCACUUUUGGAAUGCAUGAAUGCAUGGAAGCAC